AUGAGAACGUUUGAAGAGGCCCUUGCUUCCGAUGCCUUCGCCAGUUUGCGGAGGUGCGUAGAGGCUUCCGGUGAGCCGUGUGAAGGCAACAUAAUGCACACGUGGAACUCCUGGGAACCACAGCCAGACAUGGAAGCGAAACAGAGGAACUUGUUCCACUUGUCACAGUCGCUGUGUGAGCAAAGAUGUGAGCCCGUGCUUCUCGAAGUUGGCUUCAAUGCGGGUCAUUCCGUUUGCUUGAUGAUGCUUGCAAACCCGAGAGCGAAGGUUGUUGCUUUCGACCUAUGUGAGCACACUUACACUAAGCCUUGUGCGAAGGUGCUGCAAUCGAUCUUCGGGCAGGAUCGCUUACACCUGGUAGAAGGAUCCAGCAACGCUACCCUGCCGGAGUACCACCAGCGGCAUCCGAAUGUGCGGUUCGAUCUUUUCCACGUUGACGGCGGACAUCAGUACAGGCAAGCACUGACAGACCUUGAAAGCUGUUGUCAAAUGGCACACCAGGACGCAGAGAACACUUCCAUACUAGUCUUAGACGACACUGACAUCACUGGUGUUGCAGCCGCAUGGGCUGACUUUGUUGCUGGAGGCCACUUAGUUGAACGAGCGCCGCCGCAUGCACUCGGUCGAUACCGGCACGGCGUCGGCGAGGUGAUCCCAUACGGAGCAAGUAGAUGUGGUGCCUGUGGGUCUGCUGGUGCCGAUUGGGCAUGUGGCGGAUGCGGUCAGGUGCGCUACUGCGACGACAAAUGUGGCAGAGUCCAUUGGUCGUUGCACCGCACCGUGUGCUCGUCCCGAGCACGACCUCCUCCAGCUCUUGCACAGCCCAGCGAGGUCCUGCCCUCCGGCCUGCUUUCAAGCCGAUCGGAUGGAGUCUUACUUGCUGCCAAGAGCCUUUCCGUUGGUGACGUUCUCUGUUCAGAGCCUCCCUUGACCUGGCAACCUGUGCCUGCCAUGCGUGCAAGCCUGUGCGCUCGAUGCGGCGCCACCCAAGCGCUGCUGCGAUGUGCCGUAUGCCAGCAGGUUAGUUACUGCGCACGUUGUCGCUCUACAUCAUCCAGUCCAUGCGCGAUGUGCCCGGAGCUGUCCAUCACGCAAGGGCAUGUCGGAGCCUUCACUCUCGUCGGCUUGGAAAUACUCCGUGAUUGGGAGGAAGGUCGGCUCCAGCCAGGGGACUUGUUGAAGCCUUCUGAGGUGGCCAUGCAACAAGCCAGAGGAUGCUCAGUCUCAGUCCAGAAAGUUGCGCACUUCUGCUCGGCUGUGCGCUGGAGCGAUGAGCGUGCUGAGGAGAUCCUCGCAGCUGUGAUCGCUGGGCGCAUCGAGCACACAGCUGCCGGCAAGCCGGUCGGCGUUGGGUACUAUCCGUCCUUCGCACGGCUGAGAGCAGGAGCGACGUCUUGCGAGAAGGCGAACGUCAGCUUGCGGAUCCUGCAGGGAAGCAAGCAUGCCUUCACCAUCCAGGCUGUGGUGAGCCAACCUAUUCCUGAGGGUGCAGCGCUGCACCUGGGUUGA